AAGGCCUUGUUUUCCGCGCUUCUUUUUUUAUUUUUUUAUUAAUACUUUUUUUUUCGUGUAAAUUGCCGCGUUGAUAAAAAAGCGCUGGUGGUCGAUAUUUGAGCCCCGCGGGGUAAAUCUGCAGUGGAUCUCCAAAACACCAUCCCACAUCUCGCAGUGUUUAUCCAGCGACAUGGCUCGACCACGGCCGCGGGAGUACAAGGCGGGGGAGCUGGUGUUCGCCAAGAUGAAGGGAUACCCGCACUGGCCGGCGCGGAUUGAUGAGCUUCCAGAGGGAGCUGUCAAACCACCUGCCAACAAGUACCCCAUCUUCUUCUUUGGCACUCAUGAAACUGCAUUCUUGGGCCCGAAGGAUCUCCUGCUCUACAAGGAGUAUAAAGACAAAUUUGGGAAGUCUAACAAGAGGAAAGGAUUCAACGAAGGCCUUUGGGAGAUCGAGAACAACCCGGGAGUCAAGUUCACAGGCUAUCGGGCGAUCCAGCAGCAAAGUUCAUCAGAAACAGAGGCGGGGAGAGACACUGCUGACGGCAGCAGCGAGGGUGAGGAAGGCGACUCUGUCAAGGAGGAAGAAGACAAGGAGAAGCAGAAGGGAGACAAGACGGGAUCUAAACGGAAAAAAACUUCUGCUUCCAAGAAAGCCUCAAAAGUGUCGAGGGUCUCUUCUGGAGAGGACGAUCUGGAUAAAGAUGGGAAAGACGAGGACCAGAAGAGCAGCUCGGAAGGAGGAGACCACGACAACGACUUCAUUCAGAACACCGCUGACAAACCCGCUGCUCAUGGAAGAACAUUAAAUGAAAACAAAGAGUGAUGGGAGAUCACUGGUAGUUGUGACGGCGGAGGGAAGUGAAUCCACCACAUGGUUUCUCAUCUGCACCAUCUGCUGGCUGCCAUCUUCACCUCCACCUCCGUGUUGGAUGUCGACUGCGUUUGUACGAAGGAAAGACUUUUACUGAUCCUGGCAUCAGUCAUCCUGUGGACUUUUGUAGCACUUAAUCAGAGAGCUCUGUCAGAAGUCAAAAGUGUUCAUGGUCAUGAUCCCUCCAAAACAAACUGAAAUCAUUUUAUCUCUUGGGCCCUAUCUUUCCUGAAUAAACCUGCUCACCAGUCCUUGUUUAACACU